AUGCAGCUCCUCACUCUGGCCACGCUUCUCCCCCUUGCCCUCGCGGCACCGGUGAUCCAGCCCCGGGGUGCCCAGCUUAUCCCGGGCAACUACAUUGUCAAGCUGAAGGCGGGUGCCUCUGAGAGCACUCUGCAGGACGCCAUCCGGCAUGUCAAGGCUGGCAGCGCCAAACAUGUCUACCGUGCCGGUCGGUUCAAGGGUUUCGCGGCCCAGCUGAGCCCGCAGGUGCUAGACACCGUUAGCAAGCUGUCUGAGGUCGAGUACAUUGAGCAAGAUGCCGUCAUCACCACCCAGGCGACCGUCACCCAGGACGAUGUCCCCUGGGGACUGGGACGCAUCUCGAGCCGCACCGCGGGCGCCACGUCGUAUAGCUACGAUGAUAGCGCCGGCGAAGGCACCUGCUCUUACAUCAUCGACACGGGCAUCUAUGUUGCCCACAACGAGUUCGAAGGCCGCGCAACCUGGCUUGCCAACUUCAUCGACACCUCCAACAGCGACGGCGCAGGCCACGGCACGCACGUAGCCGGAACCGUCGGCGGCGUGACCUACGGCGUGGCCAAGAAGACCAAGCUGUUCGCGGUCAAGGUGCUCAACGCCAACGGGUCGGGCACCAUCUCGUCGGUGCUGGCGGGCAUCGACUUCGUCGCGGCCGACGCGGCCAACCGCACCGCCGCCGGCGAGUGCCCCAGCGGCACCGUCGCCAACAUGAGCCUGGGCGGCAGCCGGUCCACGGCCAUCAACAGCGCCGCCGCGGGCGCGGUGAACGCCGGCGUCUUCUUUGCCGUCGCCGCCGGCAACAGCAAUGACGACUCCCAGUACUACUCCCCCGCCAGUGAGCCGACCGUGUGCACGGUCGGUGCGACCGAUGUGGAUGAUGUGCGAGCGUACUUUACCAACUAUGGUGCGCUUGUUGAUGUGUUUGCGCCCGGUGUCGAUGUGCUCAGCAGCUGGAUUGGCGGUGUUGAUCGGACUAACACCAUCUCGGGCACCUCGAUGGCGAGCCCCCAUGUUGCUGGCCUCGGUGCCUACCUGCUCAGCCUGCUCGGCCCCAAGACGCCGGCCGAGCUGUGCCAGUACCUCAAGGACACGGCCACCCUGGACACCAUCACUGGCCUCCCCAGCGGCACCGUCAAUGCCAUUGUCUACAACGGCAUCGCUUAG